AUGGCCGUAAAGCUCUCACCUUUAGCAUCCCCAAAGAACAUCCAUCGCCGGGUCAAUCUAUUCGCCCGCCUUUCCUCAAUCCCAUGCCCGGUCGAUGUCGAAAUUCCUCAAGAAACCCGUCACAGUUCAACCAACAGCUCUGACUACGAGUCCAACAUUAAAUUCUUGAGAGGUAAGCUCGUCCCUGACAAUCUGAUCCGGGUUCUUGGUAGCACCGGGAACAUUGAAUCUUUGGUGAGGAUUUUCAAAUGGGCUGCCCUCCAGAAAAGGUUCCAACACACUGCUGGGACUUACUGUGGGAUGGUCUUGAAGUUGGAUUUGGCCGAAAAAGGGGAGUUGAAGGAUGUUAUAUUUGUGUACAAGGAGAUGGUGAAAGCAGGAAGAGCGCCGAGUAUUGAUACUCUGAAUUAUUUGCUGGAGGCUCUUAUCGAGGCGGGGUGGAUUGAUUCUGCUUUGGAUCAGUACAGGAGAAUUAACAAGAAAGGGUUUGCUCCGAAUAGUAGGACUUUUGAAGUACUAAUUAAGAAUCUUUUCAAGAAGGGCCGAAUUGAUGAGGUGGUUGUGAUAUUGCCGGAUAUGGUUGAACUUAGGAUGGAGAUGGAUCCGAGUUUUUACACUUGUGUUAUUACAUUGUUGUGCAAGGAAGAUAAACUGGGGGAGGGAAUGCGGUUGUUUAAAACGAUGAGGGCUUCUAAACUAGUGCCGGAUCCAUCAGUUUACAAGAUUUUAAUUCAUCAUUUGUGUGCCAACUUUCUACUGGAUGAUGCAAAUAACCUUCUCGAAGAGAUGAUUGAUUGUGGUGUAGUGCCUUCGGAGGAUGUAUUUGAGGAUAUGGUUAUUGGACUUUGCUAG